UUGGCCGCGUUCAGCAGACGCAACUGUUGAGCGAGCGCUCAAUAAUUUCUUAACAUGAUUGGCUGGAUCUAAAAUUACUAACCAAUCAUACUGAGCGCUCAUUCAACAGUUGUGUCUGCUGAACGCGGCCAUUAUUGCAAAAUAUUGAAUCAAAAAUUUUGCCACUCGUAGCGCUGGCGUCGCACAAACGGAUUAAGAAUUCGCCCAAGAGUUUACCGAUCUUGAUCUCACUGGCUCAUAGAUACAGCGUAUAAUCCGUGGGGGUCGAUUUUCGAAACGAAAAUUACAAAAGUGAGUGAAUACUAAAAUAAAGGAGUUUCAGAGAUACACAAUCCACCUCCUCGUCUUUCUCUUAUGAACUCUCACGAACGCUUCAUGCUUAUGACGGGGCUGCCGUUUAUAACGUGUUCAUAUUAGCGAGGAGUGAAGAAAGUAUUGCAAAAUGCAAGAGCCAGGCGCUAGUGUGGAGAAGCCAUCUGAAUUAGAUGAAUUCCUUUGUAAAAUAGACAUGGACCCUGUUGAAGAGACAUACGACGAGAUGAAAAACAAUCUUACAAAUGCACUUACGUAUUGUAAAUAUCUAUUAGAAUCCGCGAAUCUGCUCACAAAUACACCAUCUCGAGCAAUAUCGUCCGCUUCCGUUGCAAUGGGUGACAAAAUUUUUAAGGAAAUCAUGCGCAUGUUAGGAGAACAAAAACAUUUAAUAAACGACGAAAAGACAUUCAAUGACGAAGAUCUUACGAUUAUCGAGCAGACUGACAGCGAAAAAGAAUAUAAGGAGCGCAAAGAUGUACCUGGCAACGAUGAUCCAGAUUAUGUAGUAGAGCAAUUUGAAGGAAGGCACAAUUAUAUUUCGUUAGCGUAUAAAGAGAAGACAGUUGCUCUAGCAGAAGCGCAUCCGAAAUGGUCUUUACAAACAUUGCAAAGACGUGGCUGCUCUCUUUUAAAAAAGAAAAGUCUAUUAAAACAAUGGAAAGAGGAUGUAGAACGAAGAGGGACAAAUAUCGACAAAUGGAAGCAUAUUGAAACGGAGAUUUUAGAACGAUUUAAAAAAGCAAGAAAGUGUCGUAAGCAAGUAACAACGAGAAUGCUGCAGCAGUGGGCAAUGGCUGCAGCCUUUCCGUUUUUAUCCGAUGGUUUUACAUUCAGUGCCAGUGAAUCUUGGAUAACGAGAUUCAAGCAGAAAUAUAAAAUAAAGCAGAGAAAAAUAAAAUCUGCAAGUUUUGUGGUCCCGGCAGAGAUCACGUAACCUUGGAAGAAACUGUAAAGGCAGCGGAACGAUUUAGAAUACAAACAAGAACUAUUAUUCCUGACUGAUUUUAAUUUUAUAAUAAACUGAAUAAACUGAAUAAAAAACACUGAU